AUGGACGACUACAAAAUCGACAGCAAACCCAUCGCCAAUAAAGAUUCAAUCGUAACUGGCCCCCAAUGGCGUUUUACAUUGAUAAAUGACAUGGUUCUUCGCUAUGAAUGGGCCGAAGACGGAAUCUUUGAAGAUCGUCCAUCAACAUUCGCUCUUAAUCGUGAAUUUCCUACCCCGGAAUUCACAGUUUCUGAUGAAGACGAGCAGCUAGAAAUUAGAGCUGAUUCUUUUCACGUCACCUACAACAAAAAACGUUUUGACCGCUACGGUCUUGUUAUCAGCUUCACCAACAAAAAUACCCUCUGGGGUGCUGAUUGGCGAUAUGGAGAAACGCCUCAGAAUCUUGGAGGUACGGCGAGAACUUUGGACAAUGUUAAUGGGCGUUGUGAGCUGGAGCCAGGUAUUCUUUCCAGGGCUGGAUACUCGGUUCUUGAUGAUAGCGAGUCUAUGCUUUUGGAUCUUUCUACUGGUUUUGCGGCGCCAAGACGAUCUGGCGAUCGCAUCGACGGGUACCUUUUCUCUUACGGCUACGACUAUAAGGGUGCUAUGAGAUCCUUCUUUGCCAUUUCUGGUAAACAACCUGUUCUUCCGCGCUGGGCAUUGGGGAAUUGGUGGAGUCGAUACUAUCCCUACACAGACGAGGAGUACCUGAAGCUCAUGGAUAAGUUUGAAGCUGAAAAGGUUCCGCUGUCUGUUGCUGUUAUCGAUAUGGACUGGCAUCAAGUCCACGGCGAUCAUGUUCCUCAUGCCGGCUGGACGGGGUAUACAUGGAACAAGGAACUCUUCAAGGAUCCCAAGGCUUUCACCAAGGCGCUGCACGAUAAGAAGCUCAAAGUUACCUUGAAUGACCAUCCUCACGGCGGUGUUUAUCAUCAUGAGGAUCAGUAUGAGGAUAUGGCUAAGGAUCUGGGACACGAUACUUCUUCCAAAGCGCCAAUUCUGUUUAAUCCUGUUGACCCAAAGUUUAUGCAUUCAUAUCUCAACACGCUUCAUCGCAGUCUUGAGAAAGAUGGGUGCGACUUUUGGUGGAUUGAUUGGCAACAGGGUCCGUACAGUCGUGUACGCGGCCUCGACCCUCUAUGGCUCCUAAAUCACUACCAUUUUCUAGACCAUCAGAAGCAAAACGGAGUUGGCAAAGCCAUUAUCUUCUCACGCUUCGGCGGACCGGGUAGUCAUCGCUAUCCGGUCGGAUUCUCUGGCGACAGCAUCAUGACAUGGGAAUCUCUCGAGUUCCAGCCCGAAUUCACAGCUACAGCAUCCAAUAUUGGAUACGGCUGGUGGAGUCACGAUAUCGGCGGCCACAUGGGAGGCUACCGUGAUGACGAGCUGGCUACACGUUGGGUUCAAUACGGUGUAUUCUCGCCCAUUAUGCGACUUCACUCUCAAAUGGGCUUGUUCACGUCCAAAGAGCCCUGGCUGUACCGAUCCGAAUUCGCAGAAGUCAUGAAAACAUUCCUCCGUUUCCGUCAUCGUCUUGUUCUGUAUCUAUACGCUGCCAAUUUGGACUCUGCACAUUAUGAUGAUCCCGUUGUGCAGCCUCUGUACUGGAAGUACCCCGAAAGAGACGAAGCGUAUAGAAAGCCGAACCAGUAUUACUUUGGGUCGCAGCUUGUGGUUGCUCCCGUUGUGAAGCCGCGCGAUAAGAGGACGAACCAUGGUGCGGUUGAUGUUUGGGUUCCUCCUGGUCGUCAUGUCGAUAUAUUUACUGGUACUGUUUAUGACGGUGAUCGUGAUAUGAGGAUGUUUAGGAGUAUCAAGAGCCUGCCCGUUCUUGCUCGCGAGGGAGCUAUUGUCCCUCUUGAUGCGAACCUGACUCCACGAAACGGAGGCGAGAAUCCCGAACAUGUGGAAGUUCUCGUGGUCGUGGGUAGGCAUGGUGAGUUUGAGUUUACUUUGGUUGAUGAGGGUUCUGGUGAACAAGGAGCGGAUUCCGAUUCCACAUUUUUCAAGUACCUCCAAGACAAGGGCCAAUUGAUGUUUUGUCCCGAGGGCAAAGCAUGGACGAUCAAGUUCAUCUCCAUCACAGAGACCCCAAACAACUUCAAAGUGUUCAAGCGCAAUGAAUUCAGCGACGAUGAUCUCGAAGUUAAGACGACUAUUGAAGACUACCCCAACGUUCCUGGUCUUGUAGUCGAGAUCCCAUCUAGCAUUUCUGAACCUGGAGACGUGGUUAUUUGUCUAGGAGAUAACCCGCAGCUGAGUAUACUUGAUCCAUUGAAGCGUAUUCAGGAUCUUAUUCUGGAUUAUCAGAUGGAUAUGUGGACCAAGGAGAAACUCUGGGGAGUUGUCAAGGCGUCGCAGCCUACAUCGAUCAAGAUUGGACGUUUGAUGAGUUUGGGAUUGGAUGAGGAGUUGCUUGGACCUGUUAUGGAAUUACUUAUGAGUGACAGUCGAUAUCAGACAUCUUCUAAUUGA